AUGCCCAAGACCGUGGGCGACGUUGUCCUUGCCGUUGCCGGCGGCGGCGUCGACGAGAGCCCGGACAUGGCCGUGACAGGCGCCGUCGCGGGGAAUCCCGCCGUCGCCGAGCGAGGCGCUUCCGGGAAGGAGGCCAGGCACAGCGGUGACAAGAAGGGAGCUGACGGGGUGCGAAGAGAGUCAGAAGGAGCGGAGGGUGGGGGGACAGGCGAAGCCGGUGCUGGAGAUGAGACGGACGGGGAGGAGGACAGAAAGCGUAAGAGGCAACAGAGGGCGCUGCAGGCGUUCCUCAAGGGGGCUAUGCGAAGAGAGUUCUGA